CGCCUCUCCCACCUGCCGCUCCAUGGAUAAGGCGGGCUCGCUGCACACCUCGGUGCCCACGCCGCCGCCCCGGCUCUACCUGCCCCGCAACUUCAGCUGCAGCGCUUGCCUCUAUGGCAGCCUGGCUGAGCAGUGCAAGGGGGGCUGCAGCCCCGACGGCGACGCCGCGCCCCCCCAGCCCGUGGUGCGAGAAGCGGCGGGCGAGAAGAAGCCGCCACCGCCCCGCGGCCGGGAGCCCACGUUGCCCGCUGUGCCCCCCAGCCCCACGCAGCGCCGCCGCGCCAAGUCUCUGCCCACACCCGGCGACCGCAGCCUGCGUCCGGCACUGCAGCAGAGCCCCUCUCGCCGCAAGACGGUGCGGUUUGCCGAUUCCCUCGGCCUGGAACUCACCUCCGUGCGCCACUUCUGCGAGGCCGACCUGCCGCAGGUGCCGCUGCCCGCCCCGCCACCGCCGCGCACCGCCGACCUCUUCAAGACCAGGAAGCCGCCGACGCUGGGCGAUCUGGAGCCGGUGCUGUUCGGACCGCCGUCGCCGCUGCUGGAGCCGCUCUUCCCGCCGCAGCCUGGCGCCAGCCCCGGCUUCGCGGAGCGGGUGCGACAACACAAGGUGAGGCUGGAGUGGGUGCGGGCCGAGCUGGCGGGGCUGCGCGGCGCCGUGCGCGUCCUCAACCUGGCCUACGAGAAGGCCGUGUCGGUGCGCUACACGCUCAACAGCUGGGCCAGCUGCGCCGAGGUGCCCGCCGCCUACCAGCCGCCCGGGCCGGCGGACGGCUUCACCGACCGCUUCGCCUUCUUCCUGCCCUUGGGCGCCGCCGCCGAGGCCACGCUAGAGUUUGCCGUCCGCUACCGUGUCGCCGGCGCCGAAUACUGGGACAACAACGAAGGCGCGAACUACCGGCUGCGGGGCCGGCAGCGCGUCGUGCCCGCUGCCGGACUCCCGCAAGACCCUGACAGCACCGCCUGGAUCCACUUCAUCUGAGGCAGGGGCGCGGCAGGGGGUGGCCGCCUGCUGAGGGACUGAGGAAAGGAGUCGACGCGGAGGGAGCG